AUGAAGUUUGGUUCCAGUUCUUUGGCAUGCGCGGCCAUCCUAGCCGGUGCGCAAGCGGGUGUGAUCACUAAAAGGGAAGAUGAUAAUAUCGAUAGCAAUGUGGGAUACUUGCAAAUUGGAUUCGAAAAAUUCCAUGGACACGAAUUUGAUACUGCGGUGAAGAAUAAGAGAUAUAGUGAUAUAAUUGCCAAGAGAGAUAAUGGAGCUUAUUCAGUGGAUUUGCUGAACAGAAACACAUACUAUGCGGCAAACGUGGAAAUUGGGUCAUCGAGGCAAAGAGUUGUGGCACUGGUCGACACUGGUUCUUCAGACUUUUGGGUGAUGGGCAGUUCACUUUGCUCGAGCGCAGGUCGUGAUGAUUCGAAUAUAUUUAGGUCUAACUCAGCGGUAGGGACGGCUUCUCAAACGGCGUCGGGUGGCUCUGCGACAGCAACGGCGGACUGUAGGACAUAUGGUAGCUUUGAUCCUUCGAACUCAUCUACGUGGAGGGAAAACAGCACUAGCUUUUACGUGCAUUAUGCGGACACAAGUGCGGCAUCGGGUCCGUGGGGUACAGAUACCAUUGAUUUCGGCAGCUUUAGCCUGGAAAAUGCUAGUAUUGGUGUUGCCAACUUCAGUAACGCCAGUAUUGGAGGGAUACUUGGGGUAGGCUUAGCAGCAACAGAAAGUACAUUUUCGGGGAUUGGUCUUUUGAGUAGUCAGCAGACUCCGUAUCAAUAUGAGAAUGUUCCGGCCAUGAUGGUGUCGCAGGGUUUGAUUCAUAAAAAUGCAUAUUCUCUGUUCCUGAACAGUAUAGAUGCCGACACAGGUAGUAUAUUAUUCGGUGCCGUUGAUCAUAGCAAGUAUUCUGGCCAACUGUACACUCUACCGAUUCUGAGACUGUAUGGAUCGCCUUCUCAACCAGUUGCGAUGGGGUUCGAUAUAACUGUACAAGGUGUCGGCAUCACGGACGGUAGUACAUACGAAACAAUAACAUCUUCAUCUUUCCCCGCUUUACUGGAUUCCGGUACCACUUUAAUGUACGUACCGUACACUUUGUCAGACUUAAUUGCUAGAGAGAUUGGCGCUACCUACUCAAGAAACCAAGGUUACUAUCUAAUGGAUUGUCCCAGUGAUGAUGAUACGACACAGUUAGUUUUUGAUUUUGGUGGUCUACAAAUCAACACUAACCUAUCAAACUAUGUCAUACAGGCAAGCAGUACUUCAAAUGUUUGUUAUUUGGGUAUCAUUCCGACUUCGAAUGUUCUUGCAAUUUUUGGCGACGUUUUUCUGAGAGAUGCAUAUGUAGUUUACGAUUUGGACGACCUGGAGAUUUCCCUUGCUCAGGCAAACUUUAAUAAUGAUGAACAAAAUAUUGACGUCAUCACUAGUGAUGUUCCAAGUGCCACUAGGGCCCCAGGUUACUCGAAUACUUUGACGUCUGCGAAUUCAAUCACCGGUGGUGGUAACAUCUUCACCCUAUCCGGCGCUACGGCCACUGGAUCUGGAAGAGCAAGUGGUGUCCUGUCAAGAGGUUCUCAAACAACAGGGUCAACCGCUGGAGGCAGAGGCAUUUCUUCGAUUUUACCCGUGACGGGCGGCUCCUCGGUAACUAUUUCGACAAGUCAACGUAGUUCUUCUGAUAGGCGAAACAUUGGUGAGAGAGCAGUUCCAGCAUCCUGGCUUUUCGUUGUCAGCUCUUUCAUAUUUUCAUUCUUUCUCUAA